GGGCACUGCCUUCCCGCAUAAAUCGCUGCCCUCGAGCCCGACACCUGGCCCUGCCCACGCCGCGAUCCAUCCGGAGCAGUACGGGAAGCCAAGGCAACGCAGAGGGGCGCCCCAACUAAACCCCAAACAAACAGUUGGUUGUUGCGCAUGUAAGGAUUGGUUGAAUUUAUAGAGAGGAGGAAGAGGGAAUUUGGAAGGAGAUCGAUGAUGAAUUUGAAGAACAUGGGAUCGUCGGACGGGCGGCUGCCGGCGCAGCUGCCGCCGGCGCAGAUGCCGCUGGCGCGGCAGGCGUCUGUAUACUCGCUGACGUUCGGCGAGUUGCAGAACACGCUCGGCAGCCUGGGGAAGGACUUCGGGUCGAUGAACAUGGACGAACUCCUGAAGAACAUCUGGACCGCCGAGGAGAGCCAGGCCAUGGCCGCCGCCCUCGGCAGCGCCGGCGGAUACUCCGGCGCCGGCCUCGACGGCAGCGGGGCCGGCGUCGGCCUCCAGCGGCAGGGCUCGCUGACUCUGCCCCGGACCCUCAGCCAGAAGACGGUCGACGAGGUGUGGAAGGACGUCAUCCGGGAGAACGGCCAGGGGUCGAGCAGCGGGACCGACCUGCACCAGCAGCGGCAGCCAACCCUCGGGGAGAUGACCCUCGAGGAAUUCUUAGUGCGGGCUGGAGUGGUUAGAGAGGACAUGACCCUGGCGGCGGCGCCGAGGCCAAUCGGUAAUAGCAGCAACACCAACAACAACACUAACAGCAAUGUGUUUUACGGAGAGCUGCCGAAUUCAAACAAUAAUACCGGGCUUGCUCUCGGGUUCUCUCAGACGAGCCGCGGCAAUGGGACCGUAGUGGCAAACACCAUUACAAACGCCUCCGGUGCCAAUUUAGCCAUUCCAGCCACCGGGACGAGGCCUUACGCAGCUCCGCUCGGUAAUACUGCUGAUUUGGGGAACCCGCAGGGGCUGAGAGGGGGUGGAAUCGUGGGGCUCGGAGAUCAGGGUGUGAACAAUGGAUUGAUGCCCGGGAUGGUGGGUAUGGGGGGAGGUGGGAUCACGGUCGGGGCGGUGGGCUCUCCGGCGAACCAGAUUUCUGCAAAUGGGCUUGGCAAGGGUGGCGACCUGUCUUCCUUGUCUCCGGUUCCAUAUGUGCUCAGUGGGGGGUUCAGGGGGAGGAAAUCCAGCGGGGCAGUGGAGAAGGUAGUGGAGAGGAGGCAGAGGAGAAUGAUCAAGAACAGGGAGUCAGCUGCGAGAUCACGCGCACGUAAGCAGGCUUAUACCAUGGAGUUGGAAGCUGAAGUAGCAAAACUUAAGACACAAAACCAGGAAUUGCAGAAAAAACAGUAUUUGCAGGCGGAGAUUACGGAGACGCAGAAAAAUCAGGUCUUGGAGAUAAUCAAUCAGCAGCAUGGACCUAAGAAACGGUGCUUGAGAAGGACACUAACAGGUCCUUGGUGAAGUGUGGGAGCACCGAUGGCCAAAACCAAGCAGGAUAUAUCAUAUUCCGUUUGAGCAUAGUUGUAUAUAUAAUAGGAAAUUCCUUCCUCUGCUGUAAAUUAAGAAUCAAGAGUUCUAUUUUAUAGAUUGAGCUUGAGCUUCCAUCCAUGUUGGUUUACUCCUUUCUUAUGAUCUCUGUUAUCGUCCCAAACAUGAUAUAGUUGACAGUCAUUUCGGUAUUUAGGACUAGCUGUCAUGUGGAUCUCUCACCUAGUCUUGCUCGUUGCACGAGUUCCUUGAUCCUUGUAGUGGGCAACAUCAUAUGUUCACAUGAGCAUGUAAGUCAUCGAUUUCACAGCUUGCAGAUUAAUUGUUGGUUUAUUUGCUUCCUAUAGAAGUUUUUCGCACUUUGUAUU